AUGGGAGCAGGUGUAUCAAGGAAAGCGCACAAUCCAGUAAGAGCAACGAUGGCUGCAAACUCCGAAAUCUCAGGGGCUGACUACAGCACUUUAGUGGCUACAGACAUAACUGCCGCCUCUGAUACGCUGGUUACGGAUGAAGACUGGCAGACAAAGUGUGUUACUGUCUUAGACAGAACCAAAUUUAUUUUCAACAUGGAAUUACAAAGCGACGUAAGAUUUGUUGUUCCAGCGUCAUUCGGCCUGGGGCGAGUCAUCCCAGCUCACAAGUUUAUUCUUGCAAUCAGCAGUCCUGUGUUUUAUGCCAUGUUUUAUGGUCCAGUGGCGGAGACCAGAAACUCUUUUGAAAUUCUCGAUUAUGAGUACGAAAGUCUUUUGGAGUUCUUUCGUUUCUUAUACCACGACGAAGUCAAUUUGAGCGAAAGUAAUGUACUGCAGGUGUUGCAGCUGGCCAAGCAGUACAUUGUGCCUUCGCUCGUGAAUAAAUGUACCGAGUAUUUGCGAGACUUUGUAGAAAUAUCAAAUGUAUUUAAAUUUCUAGUUGCCGCUCAGACAUACGAAGAGAAAGACUUGGAAGAUAAGUACUGGAAAGUGAUUGAGAUGCAGGCAGAUCAGGCUGUGACGUCAGAGGAAUUUUUUACGGUUGAACGAUCUGUUGUUGAGUCUGUUGUGAAGAGAGAGACGCUGAAUAUAAAGGAAGUGGAUCUAUUUAAAGCAGUUAACCAGUGGGCAACAAGAAAAGUUGAAAAGCAAGAGAGAACUCCUGAUGGCGACUUGAGAAGACGAAUUCACGGAGAAGAAAUAGUAAAAGCAAUAAGGUUUCCCUUGAUGUCCCAGAAAGAGUUUGCCUAUGUUGUUGUGGAUUCGGGCAUUCUUACAGUUAAGGAGCACGGAGACAUGAUGAAAUAUUACAGCAACGUUUCAAUAACUUCUUUACCAUUCUCAAGAGUUAAAAGACUGCGAACAGACUUUCUUCGCUGCCAUAGAUUUUUAACAUAUUUUAGGCCAUAUCUUGCAAGUGGUGAUAGUUAUGCCUACUGGUUUUACGGCCUUGGUGCGACUGACAAGGCAAGAUUCUCAGUCAAUAAACCUAUCAGGCUUCGUGGAGUUAGGCAUUUUGGCUCCAUAGGAAAUAAUUACACUAUUUCCUUGCAGGUGGACGAUGUCCAAUAUUUUCCGCCAAAUUGUCUUGUAAAACAGUCGGGAAGGUACGCUUCCUCCGAAUUCAAAAUGGAUAAGACCUACAUAUAUGCUGGCUUUGAUGUAAUGUUUGACUGUCCAAUCGAUCUGGAAGAAGAUUGUGAAUAUGAAAUCAAAUCUCUUAUCAACGGCCCUUUGUCAUGGUACGGAGAUCGAGGCCAAAACUCUGUUGAGUGUCACGGAGUGAUUUUCACCUUUAAGGAUCCCUUGGAAAGCAACGACCGAACCAACGCAAGUUGCGGUCAGUUUCCCUGCUUAAUCUUCACAUGA